ACUGUCCAACUUUUAUUUCACAGCCACGAAGGCAGUGUGGACUACGUCACGAGUUUGUGUGGUGCACAUUUGCACAGGAAGUUCCUGAAAUGAUGGCUAGUCCGACAGAUGAUGGGUUAAGAAAAAGAGUAGGAACUAAGGAUGUAACAAAUGUAGAAGGAAAAGAUGAUAAGAGAGAUGUUACACUAGAACCUGUUUUAAGACCAGGUGGUCCUUCAGGAGAUUUUACAGAUGCAACAGGUUUUGAAUAUGAAGAUGAUGAAUAUUCUAGUGGUGAAGAAUCUGAUAUUGAAGACAAUGAUGAACCUAUUAUGCCAAUGAAACACAGAGAUCCUAAUCCAGAUCUACCUGAUACUGCUGUAUUACUGGAAACACCAGAAGGAUGUAAGGUGUAUGUUGUUGGUACAGCCCAUUUUAGUACACAGAGCCAGGAAGAUGUUUCUAGGGUAGUACAAGCUACCCAGCCAGAUGUGGUCAUGUUAGAAUUGUGCAAAAGCAGAAUGAAUGUCCUAGAAUUAGAUGAAAGUACUCUUUUAGAAGAAGCCAAAAAUAUCAACAUGGAAAAAAUACGUCUCACCAUCAAACAGAGUGGAGUAGUUCAAGGGGUAAUGAAUCUAUUAUUAUUGAGUAUGUCUGCACAUUUAACCAAAGAACUUGGUAUGGCACCAGGCGGUGAAUUCAGGCGAGCUUUUAGAGAGGCUCAGUUGGUACCUGGUUGUCGUCUGCAUCUUGGUGAUCGUCCUAUUCAUAUAACUUUGAAACGUGCCUUGGGUUCAUUAUCAGUAUGGCAGAAGCUCAUGCUUGCCUGGUAUAUACUCACUUCCAAAGAACCAAUCAGUAAGGAAGAGGUAGAGAAAUGUAAACAAAAAGAUAUAUUAGAACAGAUGUUAAAAGAUAUGACAGGAGAGUUCCCUGCCCUUACUCGAGUUUUUUUAGAUGAAAGAGAUGCCUUCCUUACUCAUUCAUUAAAAUAUGCUGCCAGACCCAUUCAUUCUUCCAGUUCUAUAAAUGGUUUUGUACCAUCAGUUGUAGUAGGUGUUGUAGGUAUAGGACAUGUUCCUGGUAUUGUCGCUAAUUGGUCUAAAGAACAAAAUAUACAAGAUAUUAUCACAAUUCCUCAACCAUCAACUUUGUCACGAAUUAUUAAAAUAACUGUAAAAAUAAGCUUCUUUGGACUUGUAACAUGGGGCUGUUAUCGUAUAAUUAAGGCUGUUAUAUAGACAUCAAGUCUAUAAAAUUACAUAUACCAACAUCUAGUCCAUUAAAUUACAGAUACCGGUAUACAAAAGAACAAUAAAUCAUGAAUCAAAAAAAGUACCCUUAAGUAGUGGAGUGAUUUUAUGUGGGUCAAAGAAUUUAUAGAAACUGUAUUUGGUAAUAUAAAUUUUAUCCUUAUGAUCUUGAGUACUGAACCAACUUUAUCUGUUACGUAAGUGUAAAGAAUUAAAGAUUUACUUUUGGACUUACAAAAGUAUAAUCGUCUGAAAAAGUAUUAAUAAAGUAUACAUUAGAGAUACUCAUCUUUUAUAUUGGUAUGAAAGAGGGUAAUAUAAUCAUGCAAUCCUAGAAAUUAUGUUAUUUUUUGUUGGUUUAUAUAGCUUCUUCUUCUUUUUAAAUUUGAAUUAUCUGUACUUAUACAGUAUUAUAAGAAUUAUUCCUUUCUUUUAAGUGGUUUGCAUACAUGUAUUAAUUAAUCUAUUUUCCUUGAGCAAUAACAUCAUAAUUUGUCGAUCUUAAAAUAUUACAGAGAAGGUUAAAAUAAAUAUACCGGUAUUUACUUUUGAAGAUGUAAGCCAAAUUAAGUGAUGGUUUAAACCACAUGUAAAUUUGUUGUAUAUAAGAAUGUUGAACAAGAUCACAAAUCAAAAUGAUUUUAUUUUAUAGUUUUAUUAUACUGUUUACAUUUCAUAACUAGUGGAUAUCUGAAACACUGUUAAUAUUCUUUUGAUAUCUCUAACAGUAGAGGCAACAAUAGCACCAUGUUUGUUCUUAAUUUCUCACUGACAGUGUUUAUCUGUGGUAUAGGUACAUGGUAUUUACAACUUAUAUCUAAAGUAUUUUGAGAAUGCUGUCUCUUCAUUGGAGAGGAGCACUUAAAUCAUAGCACAGAUUUCAACAUUCAACCAAUGAACAGGCUGUUUUCAUCAAAUACUUUAGUUGAAAAGUUUUCAUAAAUAGGGCAAUGGAUCGCCUCAUCUAUUUCACUUACAUUAUCUGUUAUAACUUUCAUAACCAUGUAUUGUUAUUAUAUUUCAUUUAACUCUUAUCAUAUGUAUAUCAUCAACAGUAUCAUUAUGUUUCAUUUUUGUUGUAUAGAUAAUAUUAUUUAAUGUGGCUGAUAUUGGAUUGGGAUUAUGGGUGAUGGUUGUGUUCAAAUAGUGAAUACAUGUAUUUCUUUUUAUUUAUUCUGCUAAGCAAUUAGAUUGAUUAAUAAAAACUGUCACAUUCAGUUUAAGUAAAAUUGUAUCAAAAAUAUUAUUGUGAGCUGUCACUCUUUAAAGCUGUUUUAUCUUUUAAGUUAAAGAGAUUCAAGUUUUUAUUAGAUAAGGAAAAUGAAUUUUGGUGUUGACUGUUGAGUGUAUAAAGUAAUUGUAAUAACACAUUCUUGUCCAAUAUAAAUUGUUGACAGCAACACUACCGAUAUAUUUGGAAUAACCUUCUCAACCUUCUUAUAAAGCAUGGUUUGGAAGAAAAUAUAAAGCUUUAUAAUGCACUGUAAGAAGCAGAUUAAAGGGUAUUUCCCGGAUUUUGCAGAACAUUGUAAAUAAAAGUGGGUUUAGGUAGGUAAAUCAAAUGCUAAGAUAUGAGAAUUUUGCCAUAUUACCGUGUCUGAAGGUUUCAAAAUAUGGAGAAGGUUGGAAAACAUUGGAUCUUUAUGUCACUGUAAUUAAACAGUAUAUGUUAGUGAAAGACUGCCCUCAUACAAUCUUUUACUUCAUGUUUCUUCCCUCAAAUCUAUCUUUCUCCUGUAUAACUUCAGACAGUAAGAUAUUGUUUUUUUUCCAUUUUCUGAUUGGUUCCGAAGAAACACUUUGGGGAUACUCGAUUUAACGUUCCGUAAUCAAGCCCAAAAAUGCUGAUUGCAUAAAAAAUAUCUCAACCAACCAUGACGGCUGAAAAGGAUACAUUGUAUUUAAUUAUGACACGAUUCUACUCACACCACCUCUGUUGUGGAGACUGGCAGAACUGUGACAGGACUGAAUUCUGUAUCACUCCAUUGCAGUUCUGUCAAUUCGGGACGAACUGAAAAUUGAGUAUCCCCUAUGAGGUAAAUCAAGGGAGGUAUGUAGCUUGUUGAACUGGGCUAAUAUCUAUUAUCAAGUAGCCUGGUUUUACUCUAUCUAAAUUUCAAAUAUUGGUAAUGUAUUAAAUUUGAUAAUUUUGUAGUUGUUAAGAUAAAUAAUAUAAGUUAAAUGAAAAUAUUACACAAAUUUAUGAUGACUAAUGAAGUUAAAAUGCUGUUAUUGUUAUGACAAUAUUUUUGGUCAAAUAGGUAUUUUUGGAACCCAUAUUUCAUUGUUGUUAUUUGUUUGUAGACAUUUCUUGCAAACAGUCUUUUUUUUUUCAACAAAUAAACGUUGUUAUU